AUGGCGGACGCUCUCUCCAUCGAGCAGAACAACAAAAUCCGCGCGGCUCUCGGGCUGAAGCCCCUCCCCGUCCCCGGCGCCGGUCCUGUGUUCAAAGAGGACGGCGAUAGUUCAUCCGGCGAAGAAGAGGAGCCUGCCAGCACAGUUGAGACCCGACAAGCGCAAGGCUACGAUAACUGGAAAAAGCUACAAGAUGACGCCGAGGCCAAGAAGCGACGCGAAGAGAAGAAUGCCGCCAUCAAGCGGGCCCGCGACAUCGCCCAGCGAAACAAGAAACUAGGGGGGCGACGCUGGGCGAGUCCGCUGAAACGACAAAAGAAAAUCGAGAAAGAGCGCGCGCGCAAACUCGCGGAGGAACUGGAGGAGCGAGAGCGCGCUGCGGAGUACACGGCUGCGGAUCUGGCGGGCAUCAAGGUCGGGCAUAAUGUGGUGGACUUUGAGGGCGAAGAGGACCACAUCCUUACGCUUAAGGAUGUGGCGGUGGAUGAUGAGGAGGAGGCCGAUGAGCUACAGGAUAUCAACCUGGUGGAGAAGGAGAAGACACAGGAGAAGCUCGACCUGAAGAAGCGCAAGCCGGUCUACGAUCCAACGGCGGAGAAUACGGGGAUCCUUUCGCAGUACGAUGAGGAGAUCGAGGGCAAGAAGCGGAAGCGGUUCACCCUCGAUGCCCAGGGCUCGUCUGUGGAGGAACGAGAAGCCAAGCGGCAGGAGGUGUCUGAUCGCCUGAAGAAUAAUAUCAUCAGCCUUGACUUCGAGCCUGAGGUGCCUGCUUCUGAUUAUAUGGAUAUCAGCGAGGUCAAAAUCAAAAAGCCCAAGAAGAAGAAGGCCAAGUCAACCCGGCAAAGGACCAUCAUCGACGACGAAGAUAUUGUCACUCCGGCUGAAUCGGAGGGUACCCCCAACGGAGGACCCUCGGAGAUGGAGAUGGACUCGACGCCCGUGGAGGCUGCACCUCGGAAAAAGUUCAACGAGGACGUUUCGUUUGUAGACGACGACGAUCUCCAAGCAUCCCUCGCUGCCCAGCGGCGGAUGGCCUUCAAGAAACGCAAGAAGAUGCGCCCAGAGGACCUCGCCCGGCAAUUGCGAGAAGAGGAAUCGCAGACCCCCAUGGAGGUGGAAACCCCCGAGGAGAACGCAGAGGAGCCAGGACUAGUGAUCGACGAAACCUCGGAGUUUGUCUCCAAUCUACAGAAACCUACGAUGCCCGAACGGGAACAGAGACGACGGACUUCUACUGAAGAGCCUACCAACGAGGAAGCUGCUGUCAAGCCCGAGCCCGAGGAAGAGACAGCAGAUGGGGACGUGGUGAUGGCUGCCAUCGAUGACGAGGAGGAUCUCACAGCCCUCAAAGAGCGCAUCAAGCGCGAGGAGUCUCAAUCCCAACCGGAGAUUACCGGUACCGGACUCGAGGAAGAAGCCACCCUGGAUCAGGGUCUGGGAGCUACCUUGUCCAUGCUGAAGCAGCGCGGUCUGGUGAAAGGAACAGACAGCGCCGACCAUGUGUCGCUCAUGCGCGACCGACAGCGCUUCCUGCAGGAGAAGGCCAACCGCGAGACAGAAGGCGAGAAGCGGGCUCGCCAGCAGCGCGAGCGAGACCGCGCGUCCGGCAAACUGGACCGCAUGUCCGCCCGCGAGCGCGAGGAGUAUGCCCGCGGCGUCAACAAGCAGCGCGACCAGCAGGACGCGCGCCAGUCGGCCGAGAUGUUCAACCGCGACUACAAGCCCGACGUCCAGCUGCGGUACGUGGAUGAGUUCGGCCGCGCGAUGAACCAGAAGGAGGCCUUUAAGCACCUUAGCCACCAGUUCCACGGCAAGGGCAGCGGCAAGAUGAAGACGGAGAAGCGGCUCAAGAAGAUCGAGGAAGAGAAGAAGCGCGAGGCCAUGAGCGCUCUGGAUAGCAGCCAGCAUACCGGCAUGAACAAUGCCAUGGGGGCGACGGCGCGCAAGAAGGGCCAGGCCGGUGUGCGCCUGGGCUAG